GUCUGCCCGGCCGGUCCCCGCGAGUCGCCGCCCGCUGUCGCCGCGCCAUGACCACCCAGCAGAUCGUUCUCCAGGGCCCCGGGCCGUGGGGCUUCCGCCUCGUGGGGGGCAAGGACUUCGAGCAGCCGCUCUCCAUUUCCCGGGUCACUCCUGGAAGCAAGGCUGCGAUAGCUAAUUUAUGUAUUGGAGAUAUAAUCACAGCUAUCGAUGGGGAAAAUGCCAGCAGUAUGACUCACUUGGAAGCUCAGAACAAAAUUAAGGGUUGUGGAGACAACAUGACUCUCACAGUAACCAGAUCCGAACUUAAAGUCUGGUCUCCUUUGGUGACCGAAGAAGGGAAACGUCAUCCAUACAAGAUGAAUUUAGCCUCUGAACCCCAAGAGGUCCUGCACAUAGGAAGCGCCCACAACCGGAGUGCCAUGCCCUUCUCUGCCUCUUCGGCCUCCAGCUCUGCUCCCAGGGUCAUCACACACCAGUACAACAACCCAGCUGGCCUCUACUCCUCAGAAAACAUCUCCAACUUCAACAACGCCUUGGAGUCAAAGACUGCAGCUAGCGGGGAGGAGGCCAACGGCAGAGUUUUAGAACAUCCUCAACCUACAAGUGGACUCGUCAUUGACAAAGAAUCUGAAGUUUACAAAAUGCUGCAGGAGAAGCAGGAGUUAAAUGAGCCCCCGAAACAGUCCACUUCAUUCCUGGUUUUGCAGGAAAUCUUGGAGUCGGAGGAGAAAGGGGAUCCUAACAAGCCAUCAGGAUUCAGAAGUGUCAAGGCUCCGGUCACCAAAGUAGCUGCAUCAAUUGGAAAUGCCCAGAAGCUGCCCUUGUGUGACAAAUGUGGCACCGGCAUCGUGGGUGUGUUUGUGAAGCUGCGGGAACGUCACCGCCACCCUGAGUGUUACGUGUGCACCGACUGUGGCAUCAACCUGAAACAGAAGGGCCACUUCUUUGUGGAGGAUCAAAUUUACUGUGAAAAGCACGCCCGGGAGCGGGUCACGCCUCCAGAGGGCUAUGAUGUGGUCACCGUGUUCCCCAAGUGAGCCAGGGUCACCGAGCACUGUCCUCCCGACUCACCUUGCUCUCUGACGCUCUGUCCUCUCUGGAAGGUUCGUACUUAUCCCUCCCUGUUAAAGGCCACGUCCCCCUGCCUUUGCUAACCGACUCCCACUGGCCGUGCGAUGCCUGCUUUGACAAGGAAUGGAAGGUUGUGUUCAGUGUCCUGCCAGCAACACCGCGUCUUUACCUCGAUUCAUCUCUUCUGCAGAUGGACACCAGCCCAAUGAACCCAACUGAAUUCAAUGUCUGAUCUUGAUUUUGUUUUUACUCAAUAAAUGUAUGGACUGCAAGGCAGCACGGUGUCUGCAUAUCAUUUGGUCACAAGUCCUAUUUCCUAUCUCAAGAGGCCCCCCUCUUGCAAGGGUUUUCCAUUGCUCGGAGAUUUGCAAGCCUUUUCUCCAACAGUGAGAACACUGGUGACAGAACAAGCCAUAUUCUUUUACUUCUUUGAAGUUUGCUCCAAAUGAGCUCCCUCUGAUGCUAAUAUAGGAUACGUAGUUAUGUUGAAAUGAAGUUUUCUUUCUAUCUGGCUGUUCUGAGGCUUAUCAGAGCAAAGGAAUGAUUUCUGAAUAAUAGAUGCCCGUGGCCUCAAUUACUACUGAGUGUGUCCUCUUUAGGCUGCAUGGCAGAUGGCUAGGCUGAGUUUCCCCAAGUUGAAGAGGGUAGCUCCGGGGAGCAUGCCUGCCAGAGCCACGGAGGCUGGGCGAUCAAGGCUUAUGAGGGAGAGGUGUCCUCCCUCCCUCUUGUAGUGAGAAAACAUUGGUGAGGGUGGCAGCCAUCCACAGUUCUCUUACCUCAUGGGCAAUAUUAGGGACUGGAUUUCACUAACAGGCAUUAAGCAGAAAGCAAAGGUGCUUUUUAGACACAGUUCUUAAAUGACAUUUGCUAAACUGAAACAGCCUCUUGUAGCAAUACAUGCGAUUUGGGAGGAUACAUUGGAGCACUAAACAUUCUUUGUUUUAGGAACAAUAGUAACUACUUUCCCCAUGGCCUAGUUAAAGAAUCCUGGUUAUAAAAGGAAUUUUUCAAGACUUCUAGAGCAAUCUUACAUGACUAUGGGCAUCACCUUGGGAACCCUGUUAAGAUGCAGAUUUGGAUGCAUGAGGCCUGAGACACCGUGUCCUGGAAAGGUCCCAAUGCUGAUGAUACUGGUCCAUGAAUCACAUUUUAAGAGGCAAGUUUUCUAGAACACUGGCUUUGCCAUACUUGGGGGUAAUUUGGCUACAAUACUGCAAUUCAUUUCACUGUUGGUGUGCACUGGAAUAAUUUUUUAAAUACAAGUGUACGAACAAAGCAAAACAAAACCAGCUCUUACAUUGAGAACAAAAUGGUGGCUGCCAGAGUGUUAGGAGGAUGGGACGUGGAAGUCGGGAAAGGGGCUCGACUCUAUCGUGGUGCGUGGAAAUAGACUUUCGGUGCAUAAUGUAGCAUAUACAGAUGUCAAACUAAAGUGUUGUAUACCUAGAACCUGUAUGAUGUUAUAAACCGAUGUUCUUUCAAUAAAAAUUUCUUAAUUGAAGUAUAAUUAUAAGCAAUAAAAUUCAUGCCUUUUUCUUUGAGUAUUGG